AUGAAAAAAAUAAUUAUGAUCAUUUUUUUUCUGACAAAUAUAUAUAUUGAUAUAUGCAAUUCAUUUUUAACAUCAGCAAAGAAAAAUAAAAUUCAUUUGAAUAUAAUAAAAAAAAGUGCUUUUCAUUCCUCAAAAUUAUUUUUUUAUUUAAAUAAACAAGUCAGUUGUAAUAUAUAUAAAAAAAAAAAAAAAUUUAUUAGGUUAAACUUUCAUUCUUUAAAAAAAAUAGAAAACAGCACUAGUAAAGUACAAAUGGGAAUUGAAAAAAAUAAAGAGGUUUUUGAUAAAGACCCCAGUUUUAUUAAAGAACGAUUAGAAAAAUAUAAUGAAUUAAAAGAAAAAAAAAAGGAAGAAUUACUAAAAAAUAAACAUUUUAAAAGACAAAUAAAUAUAGAAUUAUUAGAUGGAUCUAUUAGAAAUGGAGAGUGUUAUGUUACUACUCCUUUUCAAAUUGCUAGUUCUAUUUCAAAAAAACUAGCUGAGGAUUCUAUUGUUUCAAAAGUUACAUAUAAGGAAAAAGUAGAGUUAGAAUUAUGUGAUAUAGAAGAUAUAGAAGAAAAUAAUAGUGACUUAAAAAAUAGUAACUGUAAUAGUUUAUUUUGGGAUAUGAAUGAGCCUCUUCUUGGUAAUUGUAAAAUAGAAUUUCUUAACAUUGAAAACGAAGAAGCAAAAAAAAUCUUCUGGCAUUCUUCAGCUCAUAUAUUAGGUAGUAGUUUAGAAAAAUUAUUCGGUGGUUAUUUAACAAUCGGGCCGGCAUUAAAUGAAGGUUUUUAUUAUGAUAUUUAUUUAGGAAAUUUUUCCAUAACUAAUGAACAUUAUAAGAAAAUUGAAGAAGAAUUUAAUAAAUUAGUUAAAGAAAAUGUAGAAUUUGAAAAAUUAAUAUGUACAAAAGAUGAAGUAUUAGAAUUAUUUAAAUAUAACCCAUUUAAAUUAGAAUUAAUUAAAUCAAAAAUACCUGAUAAUAAAAAAACUUCUGUAUAUAAGUGUGGUAAUUUUAUCGACUUAUGCUUAGGGCCUCAUAUAAAAAAUACAGGAAAAGUUAAAGCUUUUAAAGUGCUGAAGAAUUCUGCAGCAUAUUGGUUAGGUAAUAAAGAUAAUGAAAGUUUACAGAGAGUAUAUGGAAUUACUUUUCAGAAAAAAAGUGAAUUAGUUGACUAUAUAAAAUUUUUAGAAGAAGCAAAAAAAAGAGACCAUAGAAAUUUAGGAAAAAAAUUAAAUUUUUUUUUUUUCGAAAAAGAUACUUCUCCUGGAUCUUGUUUUUGGCUACCACAUGGUACAAAAAUAUAUAAUAAAUUAAUUGAUUUUAUAAAAAGGGAAUAUAGAUUAAGAAAAUAUGACGAAGUAAUUUCUCCAAAUGUGUAUAGUUGUGAUUUAUGGAAAACGUCAGGCCAUUAUCAAAAUUAUAAAGAGUGUAUGUUUAUAUUUAACGUAGAAAAUAAAGAAUGGGGUAUUAAACCAAUGAACUGUCCAGGGCACUGCUUAAUGUUUAAGCAGUUAAACUUAUCUUAUCGUUCUUUACCAAUUCGAUUAGCUGAUUUUGGUGUUUUGCAUAGAAAUGAAAUAACUGGUAGUUUGAGUGGAUUAACUAGAGUUAGAAGAUUUCAACAAGACGAUUCUCACAUUUUCUGUUCUUAUGAACAUAUAAAAAAAGAAGUAUUAGAUACUCUUAAUUUUAUUUUUUUUGUAUAUGAUUCAUUUGGUUUUAAGUAUGAAUUAUAUUUGUCUACUAGGCCAAAAAAAUUUAUUGGUAAAGAAUCAACAUGGGAUUAUGCUGAGAAUGAAUUAAAGGAUGCAUUAAAUUCAGUCAAUAUUAAAUGGAAAUUAAAUGAAGGAGAUGGAGCAUUUUAUGGACCUAAAAUUGAUAUUUUGUUAAGAGAUAGCAUUAAUAGAACACACCAAUGUGGUACGAUACAAUUAGAUUUUCAGUUACCUAUUAGAUUUAAUUUACAAUAUAAAAACAAAGAAUUUGUUACACUUGAAGAAAGUGAAAAAAAAGAAAGUAAAACAGAAAAUGAUAAAAUAGAAGAUAAUACAAUGGAAGAGAAAAAUGAUGAAAAGGAAGGAGAAGAGGGAUUAUUAAAAAAAGGAUUUGAUAGACCAAUUAUUAUACAUAGAGCUAUACUAGGAUCAGUGGAGAGAUUUGUAGCUAUUUUAAUUGAACAUACUGCAGGAAAGCUACCUUUUUGGUUGUCCCCAAGACAAGCUAUAGUAUUACCUAUAAGUGAUAAAUAUAAUGAAUAUGCUAAUUAUAUUUCUACAACUUUAAAUAAUAAUUUUUUCGAUGUCGAAGUAGAUAUUUCAAUGAACACUUUAAACAAAAAAAUAAGAGAAGCUCAAUUAAAACAAUUUAACUUUAUUUUAAUAGUUGGUGAAAAAGAACUUUCUACUAAAACUGUUACAUUAAGAGAUAGAGAUGAUCCCAAUAAUCAGCAUGUUUAUACUAUUCAAGAAAUUAUAGAUAAAUUCAAUAAACUACUUCAAGUUAAUUCUCACAAAUUUAACCAAGUGCAUCCAUUCUAA